CGUGGUUAGCAGAACUUCAAGUAGAGUCGCGGCGGACUCGGAGCGCGCGAACCACCAAGACGGGAAUCAUCUUAGCUACUGAUUAGGGCGCCACAGAAGUGCAACUUACUUGAAAUUAACCUAACAAAAACGCAUAACUAUUACAACCAAAGUGCACGUACGAAAUUUUUAAAGAUGGUCUACGAAAAUUUACUCAUAACUUGCAUCGUACUUCUUUUGGGCAAAGAAGCUUUCGCAAAAGGAGCAAUUUAUUUGACGACAAAAAAUGGAACAUUUCCAAUAAUGCUGACAUCCUUCAAGUCCCAUGACAGUAGUACAUCGGGAGACACUCCGAAGAUUUUAUCUGCAAUUGCUAACAAUCUAUCAAGAGACAACAUAGAUGGCCACUGGGACAAAAUCUCUGGUGUAUUAUUUUCAAGUUUCCUUAACGACACCAACGACAAAAAUAACGCUAACUUAUGGAAAACAAAGAGAAGCAUAAACGACGCUGUGUCGAAAAACAUCACAUUAGUCUUGGAAAACCUGUUAAAGAACUACGAGAAUUCGCAACUACCUACUCACGGUAAAGGGUAUCCUACGGUAGUACAAACAAAUAUAUUAAUUAGGAGUAUGGGUCCAGUCUCUGAACUAGAUAUGGAUUAUUCAAUGGACUGCUACUUCAGGCAAUACUGGAGGGACACUCGACUGUCAUUCUUGGGUCCAAUUCGCUCCUUAUCCCUUUCUAUUAAAAUGUUAGAAAGAAUAUGGCGACCAGAUACUUACUUUUAUAACGGGAAGCAUUCAUACGUUCACACUAUUACCGUACCCAAUAAGUUACUGAGGAUCAGUCAACAUGGCGAUAUUCUUUACUCUAUGCGGUUAACGAUUAAAGCGAAAUGUCCGAUGGAGCUUCGUAAUUUCCCGAUGGAUCGGCAAUCGUGUCCGCUCAUCCUCGGCAGCUAUGCGUACUCAAACCAGCAACUAGUAUAUCAGUGGCAGAAUUCGCAGAGCGUUAAUUUCGUGCCUGGCAUGACUUUAUCUCAGUUCGACCUCAUCAGCUUCCCAUACAGAAAUUUCACCUUCACCAGACGAGAAGGUGACUUCUCGGUUCUCCAAGUGUCGUUCAAUCUUCAGCGGCACACAGGAUAUUUCCUCAUCCAAGUGUACGUGCCCUGUAUCUUGAUUGUGGUACUUUCUUGGGUGUCUUUUUGGAUACAUCGUGAGGCAACGUCUGAUCGAGUCGGCCUUGGGAUAACUACGGUUUUGACUCUAUCAACUAUAAGUCUGGAUUCUCGGACAGAUCUCCCUAAAGUGCGGUACGCUACCGCCCUAGAUUGGUUCCUGCUUAUGAGUUUUUUCUAUUGUAUCGCUACUCUGCUCGAGUUUGCUGGAGUACAUUAUUUUACAAAGGUAGGAUCUGGGGAAAUUGUGAUAGAUGACUCUGAGUGGGAGGAUUUAAUAGAAGAAGUUGGUGGAGACGCAUUUGCAGCUCGGCAACUAGCAGUACGUCGACGCAGCUCUGUUAGAUCGGGCAACAAUUUCAGCUUUUCCACGGCCAAUGAAAAUCACGACCAGACAGAUUUAACACAAAAACCGGAGCAAACCGCCGUCCGCCUGACCAUGGAGCGUACCACGCAGACUGAGGUCAGAGUGCCGCGCUGGAGACAGCUGCUAUACUGCCUCGCGGGUGACGAUCAGUACCGCCGUCAAAGACAGAGGGAAGCUGGUAAUCGCGGUCACAUCAAUAGCGUGUCGCACAUAGACAAGGCUGCGCGUGUCUUGUUCCCAGCAUCGUUCGCUCUUCUAAACUUUUUCUAUUGGAUGAUUUAUGCUUUAUCAAACGACACUUUUGCCUGGAGUGACAACCCUAUCAAUACUCUGUCACAUUAAGUAAAAGCAAAGUUAAUUUCGGGGAUAUACAACCAGGAGGUACACU